UUUUCCCAUAAAUAUUUAAUAAUUUUAUGUAUUUAGAUACUUAAAAUAUUUAACUAUGAACAGAUAUUUGUUAAAUAUAUCAUAUAUUGGUACAAGAUUCAGGGGUAUCCAAAAACCAGUCUUUAAAGGAGUCCCUCAAAUAGACACAUCAACGAUUCAAGGAAGUCUAGAGCUUGCUCUUAAGGUAUUCCGUCCUGUGAAUCCAAUUGAAACACAUUUGUCCAGUCGAACAGAUUCGGGAGUUCAUGCUCUGCAAUCAUCAAUUCACGUUGAUUUAGAACGCUUUGAUGGACAGCCUUACAAGGAGCACGUAAUAACUGGUGUUCUUAAUCGAACUCUAGAUAAACAUGAUCUGCCAAUUCGUGUCAUAAGCACGAGACGAGUUCCAGACACAUUCCAUUGUCGAUAUCAAGCCAAAGGACGAACUUAUUUGUACCGUUUAGCUGUGGCCAAGUACGCCUCUCCUAAUGCACAUCUAAAAAAUAAGAACUAUCAAAAUUUCAUCCCAGUUGAUGAGUAUAAGCGUUGUUUCUUCUUGCAAGAUCACGAAUUUGACAUAGAAAAGUUUAAGGCGGCAGCAGAACUUUUCAAAGGACGACAUGACUUUCGUACCUUCAUGAGCACUAUGAAGCAGAGCAAAAAAGGACCUAUGUUCAGUAUCCGAUCCAUUUCUGAUAUAAAAGUGUAUCCUGGGAGAUCUUUGGCUGUGCAUCUAGACGCAGAUAAAGCUGAAUCUCUUUACAAUUACUGGGACUUGGAGAUUUCUGGAAGAUCUUUCUUAUACAAACAGGUUCGUCGAAUUGUAGGAAGUUUAGUGUCUGUAGCUUGUGGCAGGAUAAGUCUCAAAGAUAUUUAUGAAAUGCUAACGAUCCCUUCCAAGGAAUCUUGGCAUCCGAAAUCUGUUGUGGCUCCACCAUUUGGUCUUUAUCUCUGCAAAGUUCACUACAACGAAGUUGAUUUUACCUUCAAACAAUCUGAGAACGACUCAUCCGCCAUUGAUAAUCAUGAGUCUGCUGGAACAACUGAAAUCAAAGAAAGACAAGCUCAAGCCAACUAACACCACAAUCACUACGGCAAGCGGAAGCAAAUACAUCGAAUCACCUUCUAACGACGACGGUGGCGGUGCUGGCAGCCAAAGACAGAUAAAACUUCUCGAAGAAAAUUCAUUUGGUUUUGUGGUUGACACAAAACCUGA